GCUCCACAAACCCUGAAACUGAAAUGGCUCUCAGGAAAUCGAACAAGUUGCCUCAAACAGCAGUUAUCAAGCAGGUACUCAAGAGAUGCUCAAGCUUUGGAAGAAAGCAAGGCUACAAUGAGCAAGGCCUACCCAUGGGCGUACCUAAAGGCCACUUCGCCAUCUAUGUUGGAGAGAAGAGAAGCAGAUUCAUAGUCCCCAUCUCCAUAUUAACUCAUCCCCAGUUCCAAAAUCUUCUUCAAAGAGCCGAAGAGGAGUUCGGCUUUCAUCAUGACAUGGGUCUCACCAUUCCUUGUGAAGUAGUCUUAUGCUCUCUAACAUCUAUCCUCAGCUGA